AUGGAGGAGUUGGCUAGAGAGAGCAUCACCCUGUUAGCCAAGCCUACUCUGGAGUCAGAUAGCCCCAAUCUCUCCUCCGCUGGGGCUGUCUUUAUCAUGCUGAAAUCUGCGCUUGGAGCAGGGCUUCUGAAUUUCCCCUGGGCGUUCAAUAAGGCUGGAGGAGUCACCCCGGCUGUCCUUGUGGAGCUGGCUUCCUUGAUAUUCCUGAUUAGUGGCUUGGUGAUCCUGGGUUAUGCUGCCUCCAUCAGCACCCAGACAACGUACCAGGGUGUGGUGAGAGAGAUCUGUGGGGCUGCCAUUGGGAAGCUUUGCGAAGUCUGCUUCAUUCUGAACCUGUUCAUGAUCUCGGUGGCCUUUCUUAGAGUCAUGGGAGACCAGCUCGAAAAAUUGUGUGAUUCUUUCUACCCUAAUGAAACCUUGAGUGGUGGCAUCUCUCGUCAGCAUUGGUUCACGGACCAUCGCUUCACCUUGUCUGCUUUGUGUGCCUUGGUUAUCUUUCCCCUCUCAAUUCCAAGGGAAAUUGGAUUCCAGAAAUACACAAGCAUCCUUGGUACUUUGGCAGCCUGCUAUUUGAUGCUUGUCAUUGUAAUAAAAUACUACCUCAGAACCGAUUAUGUUGUCAACCAUGAACAUCGCCGUUCCUCCGGGGUCUCUUCCUGGGCUUCAAUGUUCAGUGUUAUCCCAACAAUCUGCUUUGGAUUUCAGUGUCACGAAGCAUGCAUCACCAUCUACAGCAGCAUGAGUAAUAAGAAGCUCUCCCACUGGAUUGUGGUGUCUGUAAUGUCCAUGCUGUUCUGUUUGCUUAUAUAUUCUCUGACAGGGCUCUAUGGCUAUUUGACAUUUGGUGCCGAUGUUGCUGCUGACAUCCUGAUGUCCUAUCCAGGAAAUGAUGUGCUGGUCAUUGUAGCUCGGCUGUUGUUUGGCUUCUCCAUAAUCACCAUCUACCCCAUUGUCCUCCUCUUGGGAAGGUCAGUCCUACAGGACGUCUGCCUGAGUUCCAAGCACAGCUACAUCCUGACAACUGAGCCUUACGAGAGGUGGAUGCGGGUCACUCUCACUACUGCCUGGGUUGUGGUCACGCUGGUCAUUGCCCUCUAUGUGCCAGACAUCAGUGACGUCAUCAGUGUCAUUGGGGGCAUCAGCGCAUUCUUCAUCUUCAUUUUUCCAGGACUGUGUUUGGUGUGUGCAGUGGAGAUGGAGCCUAUCAAGCCAAGGACCAAGUCUUGCUUAAUUACAUGGGGAAUUGUCACCGUCCUUUGUGGAGCCUUCAUCUUUGGACAAAGCACAACGAUCGCUCUCAUGGAACUGCUAUACAAAGUCUAGCCGACAGGUGGAGUCAGUUGCGACGGUAGCAGAUGGUGGCAAACAAAGACUCUCUUGAUACUUCACAGCGGGACAAGCCUGAUGGGUAUUUCCAAGUGACAUGGGCAAGUACUGUGCAGCUUU